GGGAGAGGGAGGCCUCCAAGGAAAAGCCAAAAGCCGCGCCUUGCAGUAGCUAGUAACCCUCCUACACGCACAGCUGCUGGCCAGCUUUUCCAGAUGUCCCCUCCAAACAGCAGCAACAUUUUAUUUUUCAGAAAGGACUCUGAUUAAAAUUGAUCCGUUCUCUCUGCUUCUGCCCUCUCCAAGGAAGACUUCGGCAUAUGCAGAAGAGCUGCUUCAGUUAUCUUGCCUCGUAGGAAAGAGAGACUUGGGAGGCAUCUGAUCACCAAGACCCCUACCCUGCCACCCCCAGCCCUUGCCUGCAUUUCAGAUUCAAGGCUAAUCAGAGGGGGGAUUUAGGACAGGGACUUCUUUCCCUUCUUCCUGUAUUUCUCCCACUGCACUCAAGAAUAGACUCACCCCCUUUUUUAUGGGGCACAAAAAGACACUACAAUGCUUUCUAUAUCCAAGAAUUCUUUUAAAAUUAAACACCCUCUUCCGGAUACAGGGCCCAGGAGUCCAAAGUCCCCCCACAUGAGCAUAAAGAGGAAUGGAAAUUACCAUACUCUCCAGUGCAUUGCAGGUGAAUAUAUCCAAGAAGCAGCAGGCCAUGUUAAAAAAAGCAGUUCUUCCCGAGAUGGAGAAGGCCAUAUUCCUGGCACACUUUACUGUACUAAUCUAAGAGUGGCCUUCUUACCAGAUUCCUCUCCAAACAACGAGAAUGACUCUUGCUGUCUGUUUAUGUGCAGUGACUAUGAAGUGGCCCUUCCAUGUAUUGGAAAACUGGUGGCUGUGAAUAGUUUCACAAAAGCCAAGGUGCUGACAAGCACAUCUACACUGAAGUUCAUUCCUGAGGAACUGAUCAUCUACUGCCGAGAUUUCCGGGUGCUAAGGUUUCAAUUCCACGAAAAUGGUUUAGAACCUCAGGCCUUCCGGGUGACAAUGGCCAUUGCACAAGCUCAGGAAAACAGUGGCAGGGAUGCCUGCUAUGAAUACUUAACUCUGAAGAAUUUGGAGAACAGUUGCCUGGCCAGACAGGACAUACAGCUGCAGAAAGAAUUCUCAGUAGAGCUUUUUGAGACUCUCUGUGACUGGGAGAAGGAGCUGAAGCGGCUCGGUGCAGCUGGCUGGCGAGUCAGCCCAGUCAAUGAGCGCUUCGAUAUGUCUACCAGCCUUCCCAAAUACUUGUGGGUCCCCAGUCGAUUUCUGGACAAUGAGCUGAAAAGAGCCUUUGUGCAUUUCAAUGAAAGACGAAUACCAAGGUUGUGCUGGCAUCACCCGAGAGGCAGUGAUCUUCUUAGAGCAGCUAACUUCCACACUAACUCAGAUCCAGAGAAGGAAGAUAUAAGGGCAAUAGAAACACUAUUGUUUGCUGGACAUUCUCAGUGUGUAAUUGUAGAAGCAACUGCUGAUCUUCCCAGCCUUUCCGAGAUCCAUCAGUCUUACUCCAAACUGUGGAACCUGAGCCUCUGCCUGACUGAUACAUCAGUUGCCCCAUCUGAUGAGAAAUGGCUCUCAAGUCUGGAAAAUACACGGUGGCUGGAUCAUGUACGGUUAUGCUUGAAGAAAGCCAGUGAAGUGACUCUUCUGCUAACAGAGAGGAGUCGAUCAAUUGUACUGCAAGAAUCAGAUGACAGAGAUUUGAAUUGUUUGCUGGCUUCCCUAGUGCAAGUGCUUUCAGAUCCCUAUAUGAGGACUAUACAUGGAUUCCAGAGUCUGAUCCAGAAAGAAUGGGUAGCAGCUGGCCAUCCUUUCCUGCAGCGGCUCAAUGUACUCCAGAAAAAUGACCAGGAUGAGUCACCAAUAUUUUUCCUGUUCCUGGAUUCCAUAUGGCAACUGCUGCAGCAAUUUCCACAAUCUUUUGAAUUUACGGAGGCCUACUUGAUGGCCAUAUAUGAUUGCUGCUUCAUCCCAUUUUCUAGCACUUUCCUAUUCAACUGCCAGUGGGAACGAAGUCGAAAAAAUCAGAAUCGUUUUCUCAAUCAAAUUUACACUCCUAUCAAUGGCUGGCAAGAAAAUCUCUGCUUAGAAAUCCUGCAAAAAGGAGGCUAUCCUGUCAAGAAUGUAGGGCACACAAAUUUGUCUACCAUUUGGAACUGGCUACUCAGGUCCAACCCCUGGCAGAUAGCACAAUUCAGGAACCCCUGGUACAAUGGGAACAACUUCAGCAAUGGAAGCACUUUAAACAAAAAUUUCCUAUUCACAGAUGGUGACAAGAUGGAAAAUACUUCUUCAGAAAAAUGGACCUUGUAUGUUUUUUCGAAAGGCUCUCUCAGUCUGCAAACCCACAUUUUUCCUUGGAAAAAUGGGACCCUCUCCAAAAAGUGUUUUCAUCGUGUUCAGGCACUGGAGACUUCUAGAGAACAAGAAAGGUCUUGGAAGGCCAAAUCCAAUGGCAGCUUCAUUUACCAUAAUGAUUUGCUGCUGCUUCCAUCACAUACAGGGACUUCAAUACGUUUAUGGAAAAGGUGUUAUCUUCGGGGGAAUCCAGAAGUUCAGGUUGGCCUCUUUGCUUCCAACAUUGUUAAACUCACCGAAGAGCUGGAUCUUCUUCAAAAGCGGCUAAACUAUUUGCAAGCAAGAGGAAGCUGUAGCAUAGCUCUGGAAAAUGCAUAAGAAGGCCACAACAGCUCAUUAAAAAUACAAAGUUCAUUUUUGUCCUCCCAUUGAUGAUGGAUGAACUUCCUGAACAUUAGUAUUGCUUCUCCUUCAUAUGAAAACAACCGCAACAAGCUGGGUUUUAGAAAUUACUUAAAUGAGGCAUUGUACUUUAUAUAUUCCAUGCAUAGUUUUCUAAAAUGAACAUCCUUCCAAAUGAACUAAUGUUCUUAUGCUGCAGAGACAAUGGCAUGCUAUAUAUUUACAGCCCUGGAAUACAGAAAGAUUAAUAGGAACUUUUCUUAUUGGCUGCCCAAAGAGGUAACUUACAAAUGUAUUAAUAAUUGUUAAGUAGCAUCAAAAGCUGACUAUACAUUCAGUAGACAGAAAUCAUUAACCCUGGAGCCAAGACUCAUGCAUGAUACACUGGUGCACAAAUAUGUAAUCCUUUUAGGUUCCUUCUUCAUAUAUCAAGUUUAUUGUUUAUUCACUCAAUGUGUACUAUCCGCUGUAUGUGUGUAUAUACGUACUGUAUAGGCAAGUUUGUGUGUGUGUAACCUUCCAUAUCUUUUAUAGAAGCAAAUGUUUGCCAUAACUUCAAUUUUAUACUAUUUCAUAACCUUUGGUUCAGAAGCCUUACAGCAAAUAGGAAAUUACAAAUUUUAAGUAAUGGCUUUUUAAAUAAAAUAAAAAUAUCUGCAAACGGCAUAUACCCAAA